CUUUCAUAAUGUUAUACAGAAAUAUUUGGGUUGAACCUGUAAAUAAUAAUUAAGUUAAAAAUAAAAUCAUGUCAGAUGGGUAACUUUUGGGCAUUAAAUAAGUCAAAAUAAGUAAAAUUAUUCCUGUAAUACAGAAAAAGUAAAAAAUCCAAGUUAUAAAUGAUACGACAUUUAAAAGGAGUAAAUACAAAGUGUAUGUGUACUACCUGUAAUCACCAGCAGGGGGUGUUUUGGCAGUUUUGGCAUUUGAGGCUCUCGGACGUUUAAUCCUCUUAGCUCCCUCUUUAAGCCUCUUGAACACAGAUGACACACUGCACAAACCUCCACAGGUAGUCCAAGUCCACAAUGUACAAAAUGUACAAUGCUCAGUGGGACGAGGGUAGCGAUGAUGAUAAGAACUCCCUUUUCUCAUCUUUUUGGUCCGAUGGAGAGAAACAUGAGGAGGAGGAGGAGGAGGAGGAGAUCAUUGAGCGAAUGGUUAUUGAAGAUGAAGCCAAAUUUGUAGCGGAGGCAGAGGCCUCACCCCUGGAGGCCUCAGAGGAAGAUAAACCUAAACUGAAGGACCAGGGGAACUUCACCAAAGAAGGUUCAAAAGAUGGAAGUAAUGUUGUAGAGGAGGAAGAGAAGACUGAGCGAGUGGUAAAUGAAGAAGACUCUGUAUUUGUAGCUGAAGAUGAGGACUCUCUCCAGAAAGAUUCAGAGGAGGAGAUUGAGCAAGUGGUUAAUGAUGAAGAUUCCAAUCUUGUAAGUGAAGAAGAGCACUCUCUACAGGAAGAUUCAGAGAAGGAAGAUGGAAGUAAGGGAGAAAGACCUGAGCUUGACAGUGAGGGAAACUCAUCCAGUGAGAGUUACAAUCGCCAAAGUGUUGAUAAAGAGGCAGAGAAGAUGGAGCAUGUGGUAGUUGAGACUGAGGACGAUCUCCAGGAGGAUUCAGAGGAUGAAAAACCUGAGGUCAACAACAAGGAGAACUUGACCAGUGGGAGUUCUGAAGAAGGAAGUGAUGAUGACUAUGAUGGGGAUGAUGAUGAUGAGGAGGAGAAUGAGCGAGUGUUCAGUGAAGAAGACCUGUUCCAACCUGUUGUAGAGGCAGAUGACCCUCUCCUUGUGGCAUCAGAGGAGAAAAAUAGACAUAAUGAUAAGGAGGUGCAGAUUGAGCCCAAGGUUAAAGAAGAGGACUUCAAAACUUUAUAUAAGACAGACUCUCUCCAGAAGGAUUCAGCAAAAGAAAAACCUGAGGAGAACAAUCACAAGAACUUUCCUACAUGGAGUUGGGAAGAUGAUGAUGAUGAUGAGCAAAAUUGCACCAUCAGUUGUAGUAGUACAGCUCCAAGUUUGAUUACCUCUGGCUAUGGUACCUACAGGCUGGAGGAACAGGAGGGUGGAGACCACACCAUCACUGAGUUUGACCAAGACAGUCGAGGAGAUCUGUCUGAGAUGAGAGACAAUGAGGAAGACGUUGAGUCAUUUAGUAGCUAUGGCGGGUUUGACGUUGAGAGAGACUUGAGAGAAAACCAAAAUGAGAACAAACUUGAUUUUCCUGUUGCGUCUUGUGAACGUGGAGGUCGACGUGAAGAGGUGGACACUGAAGACUUAAAAUCAAACAACAAUAAAGAUCUGACAGAAGAGAAAUGUGAAGAUCUACACACAGAGUCUGAAAACAAAGAGGGACAACAACGACAGCCCUACACUGCGAUUUAUGAAGACACGUUAUUGAAACUUGAGAAGCAUUUGGAAGCAAUCCAGAGUGAUCCUGAAGAGGGAGGAGGUUAUGAAAAGCUUCAUGAAGAAGAGCAGAAUCAUGUGAAGAAAAAAGCUAAGAGCAAAGUGGAGCUUGAAGAUUCAGACGAAUCUUUAAACAACAAAGACAUCAAGUUCAUAGACUCCAAGGUGGAUUUUAACUGGGCGAUGUACAAGAAGAUGUUGGAGGAGUGGGAGGGAAACCUCAGACAGAAGACAGAUACAGUCAGUUGUUUAGAAGAACGUCUGGCAGAGGUUGAUCUCUCCACAUCGCCUCAGCGUGACUUGGAGACGGAGCAUGAAGACGUGGUCAGUCAGAGAGACACACUCAGCUCUGAAGCUGAUGGGAUCUCACUGAGUGCUUUUGAAUCCUACAUCAGAGGCAUGACACAAGCUGAAGGUGAUGGACACUUCAGGCCCAAACCCAAGUCCUUCAUUCGACCAGUGAUGAGUCAGCAGAGCGUCAAGAAGACUGACCCAGUGUCCAAGUAUUUCCAGUAUAAGCAGUUUUGGGAAAUGUAUAAACUUCCUGGAGAGAGAGACAGAAAAGAUCUGCGUUGGGAGAUAAAGGAACGUCUUGCAUACCAGCCUCCACCACCUAAACCUCGGAGAGUUUUGGUGCCAAACACCUACGUAGUGCCAACAGAGAAGAAACGCUCUGCGCUCCGCUGGGAAGUCAGAAACGACCUCGCCAAUGGUGUCCUGCCUCACAAAUUCAAUUAUCAAUUUUAGAUACUUUUUUUAAAUAUUUAUUGUUAAGUUUUUUUGAUACUGAACUUAAUA